GGAGGGUCUCUUGUUUAUAUUAUUAUAUAUAUGCUUGCGCCUUCUGGUAUAUACACAUCUGCUGCUCUCGUGGGGGAGAGACAGAGAGAGAGAGAGAAAAGGGUAUUAGGACCUCGAGACAGAGAUACAGUUGUUUCCCGCCAAAACAACAAGAGCUCUUUGUCCCAGGUUCCCGGUUCCCCUACUCCUGACUUUCCUCUUUUAUACCCACAAAGUCACUGCUUUCUUACAAUUUGAUCAUCGCUUUCUCUUCUUCACUCGAGUAUUUGUUCUACAGUUCCUUUCUUCUCUGAGGCUUUCUUCUCUGAGGGACUCAAAAUCGAAGGAUAAUUGUUGUUAUCUCUGGUUUUGAGCUUGUGUUAAGACAUGAAACUGCAACCAGUAGUGAAGUUUACAGAACAUGUAGUCACUACAAGCAAGUUCAUCGAUCACCGGCGUCCCACAAAGCUCCGGCAUACGGCGGUGAGGAUCAUACUCACCGAUGGGGAUGCUACUGACUCUGACGAUGAAUAUGAAGGUUCCGAGAGAAUCUUCGUCCGUCGAGUCAAACGACAUGUUGAAGAGGUCAACUUUAAGUCGGAGAUACCGAAAGAAGGGCGUAAUAACAAUAACAGUCAUAAAAAGAGGAGCUUGGAUUCGCCAGUAAAUGGCGUCACUGGCCUGAAAAAAUUCAGGGGUGUGCGUCAGAGACCUUGGGGAAGAUGGGCAGCUGAGAUCCGCGAUCCGACGAGUAGGAAACGGGUCUGGCUAGGGACUUAUGACACUCCUGAAGAAGCUGCUUCAGUUUAUGACACCGCCGCCGUUAAAUUGAGAGGGCCCACCGCUGUCACUAACUUUCCGGCGGCUGAAAGAGUCUCUAGGGACUCCGUUACCGAGAACCCAACAGAAAGUGACGCAGUUUCUUCUGGAAACGACACCGCUUCGUCGCCCACCUCCGUUCUCCGCCACGAAAAUUUUACGCCGUUGGACUGUCUCUCCUGGUUCAACGGCGACGUUGACGCCUUAGGGUUUAGCAUUGAAUUUCCGUUCAGUCAGCCGAGUAUUGGUUUGUCGCGAAAAUACCACGCCGACGAAUUCAGCGAGUUUGACUUCGAUGACUUCCUCGAAGAAGUCAGCUGAUGCGUCUCCGUCGGGAGUCGGGACACUGUCGUCAUUUCGUAAAAAGUCAUGGUUACUUAUGUAAUUACACACGUCAGCGUAUACGUGAACUACAUGAAUUUGUUAGUAUUAUUGCGAGUGUCGAUUUUUGGAGGAGAUAUUUUUGUAGCUCUUUUAUUAUCGUAAUAAGGUGAAAAAAUUAUAUUAUUUUCCCAAUUAAAGAAGGAAAGAAGUGAGAUUUGCGGUCAUAUUUAAGAGAUUUGGGAUGUAUUUAUAUAUUAUUAAAUUAAACUUAUUGUUGAAAUAGAGAAUUAUGUAAGUGAUUUACGAAUGAA